AUGGCAACCGAACCAUACCGCCUCACAGCCACUGAGGUCCGCGCCAAGAUCCAGGCCGGCGAGCUAACCGUCGAAGCCUACGCGCGCUCCCUCCUCGCCCACAUCGAGAAGCGCGACCCCAUCGUGAAGGCGUGGGAGUACCUCGACCCGGAGCAAGUCAUCGCGCAGGCCAAGAAACUCGAUGCAAUCCCAAAAGACCAGCGCGGGCCCCUCCACGGCGUCGCGGUCGCGGCAAGCCCACUCCGUCCUCAUCCUCACGGAACAGCUUCUGACCUCGCCGCAGACAUGCCCACCCAACACGGCUCAGUCCUCUACAAAGACUCCUCUCCCCAAGUCGACGCCGCCUCCAUCAUCGUCCUCCGCAACGCCGGCGCCCUCCUUCUCGGCAAAACAACCACAACAGAAUUCGCCGCCACAGUCGCCGGCCCCAAAACAAUAAACCCCCACACCGCCUCCCCCUCCUCCAAGAUCCGCACCCCAGGCGGCUCCUCCUCCGGCUCCGGCGCCGCCGUCGCCGACUUCCAAGCCCCGCUCGCCCUCGGCACGCAAACCGGCGGUAGCACAAUCCGCCCGGCCUCCUUCAACGGCAUCUACGCGCUUAAGCCCACGUGGAACGCCAUCUCGCGCGAGGGCCAGAAGAUCUACUCGCUCAUCCUCGACACGCUCGGCCUCUUCGCGCGGAGCGUCGAGGACCUGCAGCUGCUCGCGGACGUCUUCGCUCUCGCCGACGACGAGCCACCCACGGAAACCUUCGAGGUUAAUGGCGCAAAGAUUGCGUUUUUGAAGACGAUGGUCUGGCCGCACGUCGGGCCCGGCACGGAAGCCGCGCUGGGGAAGGCGGUGGAGCUGCUGAAGGCGCACGGGGCGGAGGUGCAGGAGAUCGAGUUCGCGGCGGAGCUGGAGGGGCUGCCGGAGUGGCAUGCCACAGUCCUCCACAGCGAGGGACGCGUGAACUUUCUGCCGGAGUACCGCGUCGGCAAGGAGGAGUUACAUGAGUUUCUAGUCGGACACGUAGAUAAUGUGAACAAGAUCUCGCGGGCGGCGCAGUUAGAGGCGUUUGACAAUAUUGGCGCCGCGAGGCCCAAGGUUGAUAAGAUGCUGGGGGCGUAUGAUGCUGUGCUGGUGCCGAGUGCGGUUGACGAGGCGCCGGAGGGGUUGGGGAGUACGGGGAGUGCUGCGUUUAAUGCGCCCUGGACGGCUCUGCAUGUUCCGGUCGUUAACCUCAUUGGGUUCGGAGGACCGAAUGGCAUGCCUGUGGGCGUUUCGUUGGUGGCUCCGCGAUAUCAUGAUAGACAGCUUCUGUCUGUGGCAAAGGCUGUUGGCAAGAUUUUCGAGGCGGAGGGCGGGUGGAAGUCGCAGUUAUAG